UUUGGUGUUUAAAGUAUGCCUCCCAAACCCCGGUGCGACGACUGAAGAUCAGGUCCUCCCGUGCCGCUACCCGGUACGGCCCCCAGCAUCAAUACCAAAUUUGUAUCGAUACGGGAGCCAAGGCUUGGCACUCACGACAAACGUUGCUGUGCCACAGGCAUUUCUGUAGUCUAAUAAACCUGUCGCAUUACCUGUACAGCCCAGAAUGUAAGAAUCGUCGGAUUCUUCAUUAUCGAACCUACCUCAGCAAACAUGGAAGAAAGAGAACUGCACGAAAUGCAAAGAGUGAGGCAAGAGACAGCCCACGUGAACAGGGUCGCUCCAAAGGUCCCAGAAGCCACUCAUGAGCCGACGUUUUUGUCAAGAGCGUCCUCCAGGACUGUUCGCGAACCAGUGGUCAGACAUCUACACACAUCGCUGUGGCCGCUGGUAGUCUUCAUAUUCUACGCCGCGCUCUCCGCUUUCACAUGGGCCGUUUUUUGUAUUGCGAGCAAGCGGCCGAUUGGAAGCAAGCAGGAUUAUGGGAACCAAGAUGGCUACAGAAAGGAGCUGGAUGCUAUCUUGACUAAACAUGAGAACGCCAUCAGGGCAGCGCAGAUCAUACAGGUAGUCGUCGCACUAAUCACUGUUCCCAUCACAUCGGCAAUUUGUUCAAUGGCUCUGGCUUCUUUCAUCCAAACGGGCGGCGCAAGAACGAAAUUGAACCUUCGCCAGACCAUGGCGCUCGCAGACCAAGGCUGGAUCAGUCCACGCAUAUGGACCAUGUAUUCCAAAGUAGGAAGUCUACCAUUAUACAUUGCCUUUGGGUUGACGUUGGUCGGUGUGAUCUUCCAGAUCCUUCAAGGAAUCUUUGUUCGGAUCACCCCCGCACAGAUGGCGUCUGAGGAAACCAGAUAUAAUAACCACUAUGUCCCUGAUCUGCCUGCUUUAAUCAGCAGUGGUGGUAGAUACCCCACGCCUAGGGUCAUUCAACUCCGUAGCAUCCUGGAAUCGAUUACGGAGAACCAUUAUGAACCCUUCCUCUGGGUCAAGCCGGAGGGUGAUGGCAUGUGUCGAAAUCCAACUCAGUGCCGUUAUCCCGAUUAUCGGAGAGAUUUCCAGAUAAUCGCCGAUUCCGAUUACCCAGACCUUUGGUUCACACCCUUACCCUCGGACUACAACACCGGUGUCUACAAGGAGCUUCAGUAUGUGCCGCGCAUCAACACAACGGUUACAUAUACGAACAUGACUGCUGCCGAAUGGCCAAGCGAGUGUGUUCGUGACAAAGAAGGUGUAUUCUUUGCAGAGUAUCACUCACAUCGUCCUAGGGCCUACGAUAUCGAUCUAACGGCUUGCAUGCCUACAAAUAUUAGCGACACACCCUGGCAAGCUACACACAAUCGGCAGGAUAUCACAGAAGAGCUCUAUCUUAACGUAACAGCACGAUACGAAGAAAGCCCCCUCUACUACAAAAUAACUGCCAAAACAUCAUUAGGUUACUUCGAGCUUCCGUCUGCCAAGAAUGGGAAUCGCGCCGGGCCCUUGCUCGACAAUUGUUCCCUGCCACGCAUCGACGACUGGGGCUCGAGAGACAGUAGUUGGGACAAAGGUCUGGCAGUUCGGGAUACCAACGGCAGCUAUGCUGGAAACGUCACACAGAGCAUAGGAAACCAUAUCGGUCCUCUGACUACGCUUGGACUAGCCCUCUUUGGUGAAGGCUCUUACAUCGAGAAACGCGUUUCGAACCCAUCCGCUUUCGUAAUCAAUCGAACCAAGGUGUACGAUGCCGAAUACGAUGCAUGGUAUACGCCCUGGAGCUCAAAUUGCGACUCAUCUAUGCCUCUUUCCUUUGCUUUUACAAGCACGAGGGAAUGUGAUCAAGACUUUGACCACAAGGAUGAAGACUACAUUAUCGGAGAAGUGAAUAGUUUUGUAAACUGGUUUUCGCAAGAGACCACUGCAAGAGAAGCGUUCACUGUGGGCGCUUACCUCGCUAACAAGGACUGGCUGGAUCAAGCCAGAGGGUACACUCUGUCUUACGAUGCAAGGCGGGCAGUGGUUGCCGACCAAGGCGUCACAAUCAGCAAGACCAAGAUAACGAUUGUGGAAAUCAUCAUUGGCUCCAUCUUUCUCGGUCUUCAUCUCCUCGGGCUACUAGUGCUCGCCAUCUAUGCAGUUUACGGAAAGCCGUUUGUGCCAUGGCUGGGUGGGGAGGUAAUGAUCAAGGCCGGCACGGUUCAUGCGGAUAUCUUGAGCGCUGCUGAGGGACAUCGACAAUGGAAGCAGACCAUGGCUGCUUGCCCGGGAUUCGUUGGGGAUGAAAGACCAACGGAUAGUGUAGGCAGAAUCGCAUUCGGAGCCGUUGCAGGCUUGAGUCGAUUACGCGACCGGAAGUUUGAGACUCUGUAGACCCUGUAUAUAGUGGUUAUCAAUCUUUGUUAUCUUUGCUGAUGUGGAAAUUUGCCUAUGUUGAUGUAAUGAUGAGCAGCAUAGAACUGUUGCCUAAGUUAUAGUGAAUAUAUCCAUCUUCUCACGGGGCAGCUAGUGAGCAUAAACCUCCGGGGUAGAAUGUCGCAGUGGAUCUUGGACCCUUGGUUGAUGUUUUGAUGGACCCUGGAGUGAUUAUCUAGCAUCUGAUAUGCUCGCUUAUCUCUAUAAAGCUCCACUGAGGCACAGUAUCGUGAUACUCUUGGUACGUACCGCGGACUUCU